AUGUCACAAGAUCUACCAGCUGUGACAACCCGAGUACUCAAAGUCAGUGGGGAAAAUUUGGGAAAAUUCGCAGACGGCGAGCAUGUGGGCAGCUGGGAGCUUGCCUCGGAAGACAAUGGCAGCCUCAAAGUCCUGAAAGAAGCAGCGGAAUACUUGAGAAGCAAAGACACACCCGUUGGCUUCCCAACAGAAACAGUGUACGGACUGGGCGCAGAUGCCACCAGGAGCGCCUCCGUAAAGGGAAUUUACUCAGCCAAGCGACGGCCUCAGGAUAAUCCUCUAAUUGUGCACGUCUCGGACCUUGAUAUGCUGCGGCGGUUGCUCGCACCAGAAAUGAACGGCUCAGCGAAUACCCAGCAAACAGAUGUGAUCCCCGAAAUAUACAAGCCGCUCAUUUCGAGGUUCUGGCCUGGCCCUCUUACGAUUUUGUUGCCAAACUCGGAGCCGUCUAAACUCGCGCCCGAAGUCACGGCAGGUCUCAAGACUUUUGGCGCUCGUAUGCCUUCUUCACCUCUGGCCUUGUCUCUUAUCAAGCUAGCAAACCGCCCGCUGGCCGCCCCGUCUGCAAAUGCUUCGACGCGCCCCUCAGCCACAACAGCUUCGGACGUCUUGGAGGAUAUGGAUGGCCGCAUUGAACUGAUACUAGAUGGCGGUUCUUGCCAAGUCGGAGUUGAGUCCACGGUCGUGGAUGGGCUGUGCUCCCCGCCAGUAGUACUACGACCGGGUGGAGUGACAUUGGACGAGAUUCGAAGUUGUCAAGGUUGGGAGGAUGUGCAAAUAGCAUACAAAGACCACGCCGAAACGAACGGCAAGGGCGAAGCGCCAAGGGCUCCCGGCAUGAAGUACAAGCACUAUAGUCCUAAAGCCAGGGUAAUAUUAUACGAGGCAUUUGUGGCAGACGGAGCCAAAGGAAUUUCCCAGGAGGAUUUGGCAAAGAUCGAGGCAUUGGCGACAUCUGCACACCAAGCUGGGCAAGCAUCGACCAAUAUAGGGGUAAUAAGGACGGAGAAAUGGACAUCGGGUGCUGGACUGCGUUGUGGCAGUUUGCAGGCAAAAGGCAAGUCACAGGACGGAGUGGUCGAACUUGACGUGCAAGAAAGCGAGCUGUUGAAUAAGGAGGGUGCUGUGGUUGGAAAAUUGUUCGAUCUGAGCAUAGGUCAGGACGCCAAGAGUGUUGCUCAAGGGCUAUUUCAAGCUCUGAGAGAGCUGGACAGAAGAAAGCCCGACCUGAUAUUUGUCGAGGGUAUCCCGGAUAAGAAUGAUAUCGCAGCAGCAGUCAUGAACAGACUACGGAAGGCUGCAGCGGAAAUCAGGUCAUAG